AUGGGCCCUGCUAUCAGCGAGGAGGACGCGAACUUCCAGUUCCCUCAGCAGCAACAGCAGCAACAGCAGCCGAAUUUCCAAAACUUCGGCGAGCAGGAACAGGGCCAUAGGCGCACCGAGAGCGGCGGUGAAAUUAGAGGUAUCAUGGCGGAACAGCAACAGGCUCUUUACCAGCAGCAGCUCGCCUCGAACCAAGUCAUGUCCUUCCAGACGCCCGGACUUGUUCCCAACCGCGCGGCCGCUCAUCGUCGCGUUCACAGCACCGUCCCCAUGGGCAUGAACACCGGUGCCAUGGGGAGCAUUGGCAGCCAGCAGGGUCUCAUGGGCCAACUUGGCUUGGGCAACGUCAACCUUGGGCUCGACGGCCAGCCCCAAGGCCUUCCUCGCGGACACGGCAGGAGGCACAGCGUCAAUGUUGUCAACAAGAGCGGCGGACAGCCUGGUAUGGGCUCCAUCAGCUUCAACGGUUUGCCUGAUGGCUUCGAAGACGGGUUCGCGCCUCCCCCCGGGUUUGGUGGCCACUCCCGCCAGGCUUCUAGGGCUGACUCCAGUUGGAGGCUUAACGGCGGCGUUGGUGGCAUUCAACAGGGUAACGCGUUCACCGCCGAUCUCGCACAAGCUCAGGCGCAGUUGCAGAGUCUUCAGCAGUUCCGCGCUGCUGCGGGCGGCCACCACCAGAAGAUGCCCUCGUUCAGCUUCCCUAACAUGCUGCCCAACAUGAUGGCGGCCAACAUGAUGGGUCUCGGUCUCGGCGGCAUUAACAUUCUUCAGCAGCAACAGCAACAAUUCCAGUCCCAACUCCAGCAGCAAUCUAACCAACCUCAGCGCAAGUCGCUUUUUGCUCCCUAUCUUCCUCAGGCAUCUCUGCCCCCGCUCCUCGCGACGGGCAAGCUCGUCGUUGGUAUCUUGCGCGUCAACAAGCGUAACCGGUCCGACGCGUAUGUCUCGACAGAGGUUUUGGAUGCCGACAUUUAUAUUUGCGGAUCUAAGGAUCGUAACCGUGCCCUUGAGGGUGAUAUCGUCGCCGUAGAGUUGCUCGACGUCGAUGAGGUCUGGGGGACGAAGAAGGAGAAGGAGGAGAAGAAGAGGAAAAAGGAAGAGAAUGCCGCGUAUGAGACGAAGACGGCCGCAAACAGGAAGAACGACAAGAAGAAGGACGAUGUCGAGGUUGAGGGUCAGGCCCUGACGCUGUUCGAAGACGAAGAAGUGACGGACGAAGUCAAGCCCCAGUUCGCUGGCCACGUCGUAGCGGUCGUAGAGCGUAUGCCCGGCCAAUUGUUCUCGGGUACUCUGGGUCUCUUGCGCCCCUCUUCUGCUGCUACGAAGGAGAAGCAGGAGGCGGAGCGUCGCGAGAGGGAAGGUGACAAGGGCGAUGAACCCCGCAGGGCUAUUGAACGCCCCAAGAUUGUCUGGUUCAAGCCUACGGACAAGCGUGUACCGCUGAUCGCUAUCCCUACCGAGCAAGCACCUCCCGACUUCGUUCAGAACUCCGAUGCCUACGUCAACAAGCUGUUUGUUGCUUGCAUCAAGCGCCACCCCAUCAGUUCUCUGCAUCCUUUCGGAACGUUGGUCGAGGAACUCGGUCCUAUCGGUGACAUUGAGGUCGAGACCAGCGCUCUGCUCAAGGACUGCAACUUCCCCAACGAGGACUUCUCCGAGAGCGUCAUGAAGUGCCUGCCGCCAAUGCCCUGGAGCAUUCCCGAAAGGGAAGUCGAGGUUCGCAAGGACCUCCGUAAGGAGCGCAUUUUUACCAUCGACCCCGACACUGCCAAGGAUCUCGAUGACGCUUUGUCUGUCUCUCUCAACGAGGAUGGCACAUACGACGUCGGUAUCCACAUCGCCGAUGUCACUCACUUUGUCAAGCCCAACACCGCUCUCGACCGCGAUGCUCGUAAGCGUGCCACCAGUGUUUACCUCGUUCAACGCGCUGUCUCUAUGCUUCCGCCUGCGUUGAGCGAAGAGUUAUGCAGUCUUGUCCCCGGAGUCGAUCGCCUGGCGUUCUCCGUUGUCCUGACCAUGACUAAGGACGCGCGGGUCACCAAGAAGUGGUUCGGCAAGACCAUUAUCAAGUCCGCCGCCAAGCUCACGUACAACAAUGCUCAGGACGUGAUUGAGGGCAAGCCUUUGGGUGAUGUCGUCGUUAUUCCUGAGCACGACGCUUCGGCCAUCGAGCACGAUAUCAAGGCUUUGAACGAUCUCGCCAAAGAGCUGCGCACUCGUCGUUUCGAAAACGGCGCUCUUGCUCUUGAGUCGCCUCGCCUUACCUUCAAGCUCGGGGCAGAUGGUCUCCCUAUCGACUGCUCGCAGUAUGCUCGUUUCGACGCUCAUGAGCUUGUGGAGGAGUUCAUGCUGUUGACCAACUGCACUGUUGCUCAACAAAUUGCUGUUAACCUUCCCGAGCAGGCCCUUCUCAGGCGUCAUGACAUUCCCAUGGAGCGUAGACUCAACAUGCUCGCUGAACGUGCCGCUCGCCUCGGCUACACGAUGGACGUCUCUUCUUCGGGUGCUAUCAUGCGCUCUUUCAACUCCAUCGAAGACCCCACGGCUCGCCGUCUCCUCCAGCUCCUCUCGUACAAGGCCACCCAUACCGCCAAGUACUUCUGUGCCGGCAUGCUCGACAUCGCGAAAUACCAUCAUUAUGCACUCAACGUUCCGCUCUACACCCAUUUCACUUCUCCCAUUCGUCGCUACGCCGAUGUGUUGGUCCACCGCCAGUUGGAGGCCGUUCUGCAGGGUGCUGGAGCCGACACUAAGUUCACCAUGGACCGCGACGCGGUGGCGAAGGUCACCCAGCAGUGCAACAUCAAGAGGGACUCGGCGAAGCUCGCUCAGGAGCAGUCCGCCCACUUGUACCUCUGCGUCUUGAUCUCGGAUCUUACAACUCGUUACGGACCCGUCGUUCGUCAAGCCAAGGUUGUCGGCGUGCUCGAUGCCGCGUUCGAUGUUCUCAUUCCCGAGUUCGGUAUCGAGAAGCGUGUGCACGUGGACCAGAUGCCGAUCGACAACCACGUCUAUGAUGAGCACUCGCACGCCCUCCAGAUCUACUGGUCCGAUCGCGAUGUCAUCAGCUGGCUUGCGGAGAACAGCGACGACGAGCAUCUGAAGAAGGUCAAGCAGACUGCGGAGCAGCAUGCUUUGAAGAUGGAGGUCGCUUCUCGCGGUGUCCAUGACGAGCAGGCGCUGUUCGACGAGGACGAUGGUGAUGAUGAGAUCGUGUUGGGUAGGGACAAUAAGGAGACGCUCGAGUCGGAGGAGGAGUCGAAGCAGAGGAUGUUAAGCAAGGCGAAGGUGAUGCCUGAGUUUGAGGGAUUGAAGACUUCCGCGGCUGGACACAAGAUUCAGGAGAUCAAUGAGUUGAUGACAGUUCCGGUUAUCGUCACUGCUGAUCUGACCAAGAGCCCACCCGUCAUCAAGGUAUACAGCGUCAACCCGUACUCUGAGGAGAAGAUCAGGAAGCAGUGA